AGCCUGUGGAGGAGGGCCAACCAGACGGGCCAGGUGACUCUGGGGUUCUGAGGUGGGUGUCCGGAAAGCGUGUGGUGGCUUGGGGGGGGGGGCACUGUGUCCAGGGGGACAGCUGCGGCCCUGUGACUCUUCUGGGGACAGGGACAAGCGGCAUGGCCCUGGUGCACACGGCUUGUGGCAGGUCUGAGUCAAAACACCUAAGGCCGACCCCGGCCGGUCAUGCGGAGGGCUGCUCAGUCAUCGCCUUAUGCUGGCCUGGGUCACCCAGGCAGGCUGGGUGCGGCCCAGUCAGUUGUGACUCAGGUCCCAGCGGCCUUGCCACGCAGCACUGGGUAGGGGCAUUGGGCACAGGGUCGCCCCCUCCCCAGCCCCAGCCGCAGCCCCACUUUUCCCCCUUGGCCACCCUGAAGAUCCUGUCCCUGUUAGGCACAGUCUGGCCAGGGGCCUGGGGUUCUCUGCCCCUGUUGCACCCAGCCCUUCAGCCAGGGGGUGGGGUGGAAGUGGGGGGAGCCUCAGGGCCACACGGCACUUGACGGGAAGUCAAGUGGGGGGCAGUGUGAGGAGCUGUCUCCAGAGAAGAUUCAGCAAGAGAGGGAAGCAGAGGAGGCCUGGCCCUGAAGUCGAUGGUGUCCCAUUGAAGACCUGGAAAACACCUGUGAGACUCCAGAGGGUCCUGCGCAAGAACAGACCACGGCUCCAGUAUAUAAAUCAGGCAAAUUCCCCGUUGAGCAUGAAUCUCUGAAAACUGCCGGCAUCUAAGGUCUCCUCCAAGGCCCUCUGGAGUCCAGCCCAUAAUGAAGGUCUUGGCGGCAGGAGUCGUGCCCCUGCUGCUGGUUCUGCACUGGAAACAUGGGGCAGGGAGCCCCCUUCCUAUCACCCCUGUCAACGCCACCUGUGCCACACGCCACCCAUGUCACAGCAACCUCAUGAACCAGAUCAGGAACCAACUGGCGCAGCUCAAUGGCAGUGCCAAUGCCCUCUUUAUUCUCUAUUACACGGCCCAGGGGGAGCCGUUCCCCAACAACCUGGACAAACUGUGCGGCCCCAACGUGACGGACUUCCCGCCAUUCCAUGCCAACGGCACAGAGAAGACCCGGUUAGUGGAGCUGUACCGCAUCAUCGCUUACCUUGGUGCCUCCCUGGGCAACAUCACCCGGGACCAGAAGGUCCUCAAUCCUAAUGCCCUCAGCCUCCACAGCAAGCUGAACGCCACUGCAGACAUCAUGCGGGGCCUCCUCAGCAACGUGCUCUGCCGCCUGUGUAACAAGUAUCACGUGGCCCACGUGGACGUGGCCUAUGGCCCUGACACCUCAGGCAAGGACGUCUUUCAGAAGAAGAAGCUGGGCUGUCAGCUCCUGGGGAAGUAUAAACAGGUCAUUGCUGUGGUGGCCCAGGCCUUCUAGACAGGAGGUCUUGAAGCAUGCAGUGAGUGACCUGAGAUCUUAGGCUCAGGCAGCUCUCAAACUGUGGCCAGGGCCCAGAGCAUCGCCAGACCCAAGUGGGGACUGCUGGCAGACCCCGAGGGGUUUCUGGCCAGUCCAUUCCCCUCUAGGUGGGCUGUGAUGAAGCUGAGCAGAAUCAAAACACCCAAAGGCAGGGCCUAUCUACAGCGCCAAUUAGAAGAAGGCACCCCUUCCUCUGGGAGACUGCAGCCAGGCACUAGGGUGUCGGGCUGGUCAGGGGAUUAUGGGCUGGACCUCUGUCCCCACUUGUCCCCUUGGCCAGGGACUUUGUGAGAAAACUGUACAAGUUGUCCAUGGUGACCCUGACCAUGGGGCAAGACAGCAGGGAUCAGGGGACUCUCCCAGCCCCGCAGAAUGACCGCCAUUGGUGCCUUUGCUGCCCCUUAAUGUAGGUUUUGGAAGGUUUGACUGGGCUUCGGCAGACCAGAGGAGCUGGGGUCCUGAGGACUCCUUGGCCCCUACAAGUAUAGCGAGAGGAAGUUAGAGAAGGGAGUUCUGGUUUGAGAUGCUCCUUCUCUUGAGCAUGAUUGGAGAGCUCAGGCCUAGGGACUGGACUAUGAGGCAGAAAGUUCCAGAAUGAGCUCGCUGGCAUUCAGGCUCCUAGGGAGGCAGAGAGGACACCUUGGGGCCUGGGAAGGAAGAGAGGUCCGGAAAGCUUUGACAAGCUCUCCCUCUUGCCCGCAGGCUUUCCUGAAGCCUGGGAUGGCCAGGGUCUGGUGGCUGGACCUGGAGGUAGGGUUUGUGGAGGUGGGCAGGUGGCAAAGUCAGCUGAGAAGGUUCUGAGGGGACCCAGAUUCUUCCUUCUGGGCAAUGGUCUAUAAGGGAUGGGAAGGACUAGGUAGUUAAGAGUGGCAGCUCACAUCUGGGACCCAGGGAGGCCCUGUGAGGUCACACAAAGGUACUUGAGGGGGCCCAGAGGUCAUCUCUGGUUCCUAGGGCAAGGGAACAGCAGAACCUGAGGUCAGGGUCUCAGAGAAGCCUGAGAGCCAAGAGUGCUGUGUGUCUGACCCAGCAUGAUUGUCUAUUUAUUAUGAUGUCCUAUUUAUAUUAACUUAUUGGUGCUUUAAAUGGCAAAGUUAAUUCCCCUUUCCCUGCUUCCUACCCAACAGAAAUAAUAUGAUGGCUCCUAUAGGAGCCAGGGCCAGGCCUUAGCAGGGACUGGUCCAGAAGUCAAGGAUGUUACAAGUGGAAUAAGCCUUACGGGUGAAGCUCAGAGGAGGGUCAGGAUCUGAGAAAACUGGUCAGCCUUGGUGGGGGAGGGGAGCAGGGGACCCAGCUCCAUACCCCAUCCCAAUGUGACUUGCUCUGGGGGUAUCAGGGUCCUGGCUGCAAGGCAGGCCGGGCCAGUUUGUGGAGUGGCCAGGGGCCUUCCACAGGGCUGCCAUGUUGGUUGGCUCCAGGGGGCUCAUUCAACACUGUGUUUUCUGGCACCUCCUGGAAUUGUGAUCAGGGGCAACAUUCGUGGUUGAAAUGGUGCUCCUAGAGCACUGGGUAAGGCAUUCCUGGUGGCCUGCUCUGCUGCUCUUUCCUUGUCCCCAAGCUGCCUCUAAGCCAGCAGUUGAGGAGCUCUGGAACAUCCACAUGCAGUGCCCAGCAUGCUUGCACACAGUGGGGAAGCUCCUUCUCGGGUGGCCCAAACACCCACAAAGGGCGAGAGGGCCUGGCUGGACCUUGGGAAGCUGGGGUGGUGCAGGGAGGAGCUCCCUGCUCCAGAGAGGAGAACAGGGAGGCCCUGGGCCGAGGACCAGGAAGCUGUGGUCCCUGCUGCCCCACCUCCCCCCACGCCCCCACCCAUGUCUGGGCUCCCAGGCAGGGAAUCCGAUCCUUUCCUUUGUGCUGGGGCCAGGCUAGUGGAGAAACGCCCUCCAGUCUGGGAGCAAGGGAGGGGGUGCAGAGCUGGGGCAGCUGCUAAAAGCAGCAUUCUGGCUUCUUCUCAAACCCUAAGCUGGUGGCGGUCCUAGUGGUUCAGCCAAUGUGAUUAUGGUACUUUGCACUCACUUUGCACCUCUCUGUCUUCUCUGAGCACUUUACCCAUGCACACCAGGUGGCAGGUGGUGAGGCAGCAGGCGGGUCCUGACUCCUGGGGCAGGGGGCAAGGCAAGGGUGCAGAGUUGGGAGUUGUCCGUCCCAUUGGCAAGGCUAUUUUGUGCCAGGUGGCAGAGGAGACCACGAACCUCUUUCUGAGGCUGUCUUCAUCUGGGUCACACUCACCCUCAUCCAGUGUCUGAGCCUGCUGCCCUCCCUGCGCUUUGGUGAACACGGCUCAGAAGGCUUGGGGCCAGCUGGGUCCUUAAUCAUCCCAUCACCUUGAGUACACCGACUCCCAGUGCUGAGCCCACCUGGGCAGCCUCUGAGGCCCAGGGACCAAGGGGAUCUCCUUCCCUGAGCCCAACACGGACCCUCUGCCUCCCUCUUCCUGCCUCUGCCCUUCCUGCCCCUAUUUCCUGCCCUGCCCCUCAGCCCCCAUCCUCAGCUCUCUUUCUAGAACCAAUCCAGAAGACCACUUUGCACAGCAUCCUGGAAUUAUGGAGCUUCUGUGUGGAAAAAGCUUUGCAGGGCAGGAAGCUGCCCUUUUCCUCGUUUUUCAUCUGCUGGUGUGGACCCACACCUGCAUCCUGGGUCAAGAGGAGAAGGGAGAGGCUGUCAGCAGAGGAGGGGGUAGGACAGUCAUUUUGUAAUUUAUGGACAAAGGAAUAUUGGGGACUUUAUUUAUUUAAAAACAUUUUAAACAAAAAGAGCACCGCUGGUUUAUUUGUCUCUCCUCUUCCUCUCCUUGCCCCUCUUUGGGGACUCCCCCAACUCCUUCCUCCUGAAGCAAUCCCACCCCACCUUGCUGACUUUCCAGAAUAGACACAGCAUGUGGGGUUGGAGGCUGGAAUCAAGUGAGAAUUUCCCUUCAGAUGGUACAGAGGUCCUUUUAGAUCACCCCCCCCCGCCACCUCGAUUCCAGUACCUGGACAUCUCUCCCAUUCGCACUGCUGGCUCCGUUUGUCCCUCCGUGUUUCCCUCCUUCCUUUCUACUGGACAGGACUUGGCCUUGCGGGACAAAUUCCUCUUUGAUGAAUGUACCCUGUGGGAAUGUUUCAUACUGACAGAUUAUUUUUAUUUAUUCAAUGUCAUAUUUAAAAUAUUUAUUUUUUAUACUGAAGGAAUACUUUUUUUUUUUUAAGAAAAAAGAGAAAUUAAUAAAGAAUCUGCUCUUG